CUUACACAGCAAUUAUACGACCACUCCUGCAAAAAUAAGGGUCCUUCCAUUAGACAAUCGCUCUGUAGAACCCCGAAAGAUGUCCAACCUAAACGGCGCGCUAGACGUAGAGGCGCAGCCCUAUGACCCCAAACAGAAGGCUAUGCUGAAGCCUGCGGGCGAAGCAGGCACUAAGGCCGAUGAGUUUGUCCGCGGCGACCCCGGCCCGUUCGGUCUUCUAUGCUUCGGGAUGACAACUUGCAUGCUGAUGUUUGUCACGACUGAGUGGACCACAAAAGCCUUCAUUCCCACGGUCUUCUGUUACGCGAUGUUCUACGGUGGCCUGGGCCAGUUCGUCGCCGGCGUGCUGGAGCUGAUCAAGGGCAACACUUUUGGCGGCACUGCCUUCGCCUCCUACGGCGCCUUCUGGAUGGGCUGGUUCCUGCUUGAGUACCUGUCGAUCACCAACAAAGCAAUGUUCCCUGGCGUCAAGAGCGGCAAGUCCCUGUGGUGCGGUCUGUGGGCCGUCCUGACCUUCGGCUUCUUCAUCGUGACGCUGCGCAAGAACGGCUGUCUGAUGACCAUCUUCAGCACGCUAGUUAUUACGUUCGCAUUGCUCUCCGGCGGAGUCUGGAGCCCGGAAUGCGAGCAGGCCGCGGGUUACUGGGGCUUCUUCUGUGGGUCCAGUGCCAUCUACGCGGCAUUUGCGUUUCUAUACAAGCAGGAGCUAGGAAUUGUGCUGCCGGGGGCUCGGCCCGUCGCCUACAUCUAGAGGAGCGCCAACUGCAGGCAGCGGGCGGGAGCUGGGCUGCCGGCAGCCGCUCAUGAAGCUUAGAGCUGCAGGGCAUGCUGCGGCACAACAGGCUGGGCUAGUGUCGGCGCGGCAUGGUCGGGCUGACUGGUGGCAGUGUACAAGGUCGCCAGCUAGAACACAGAGGUAGCAUUGCUAUGGGCAUGAUACGGUAGCAGGAACUAGGGGACGACACGGCAGCGGUCCGCGUUGCGUCCAUGUUGCGUCACUCGCGGGAUGAGGGUGUCUACCAUCCCGCUGAAUAUCAAUAUUCAUUCGUCAUAGCAUUGUUGCAGAGGUUCUGUCGGCGUGAUUGCUACUCGGGGUGAGAGCAGCUGUAGAGGUGAACAGCCACAGCUGUGAAGUGUGAGUCGAAGAUAGCAGUAAUCAGCUAGCGAUCGCGCCAUGGGUUGGGGGGCAUGUAUGUAUAGCAGGUGCACUGGCAGGUGCACUGAUUACGAUGUCCGUGCUGUUUGAGGUUAUUACGGUGCAGAAUGACUGAUUGUGAAAGUGAGCGAGGCAUGACCAAUGAAUGAGGUUGGGUUGAAGGGGGACGCUGCGACGCGGGAAUGGUGCCACUGCGAUUUGCAAGUGCACGUCGAAGGGGGUGGGUGAACACGGGCUGACGUUCAAUUGCCUAUUCAUCCGCACCAACGUUGCAAGUGCAUGAGUAUUGGCGGGUAGCGUCGAGCCGGUGAGAGAACGUGUGAGAGAGAGAGCACUGGUGCCAAGGCAGGCAUACGAUGGGGGGGCCAUGCCGCUACAUACCGAGGCGGGUGUCGUGACCUGGCGUGUGACCGUGCAUAUCGUGUGACUGAGUGAUUUGGAUGUGGUUUUGGCGUGUGGGAAUAGGGGAACGUGCCCGAGGUUGGUUGGCCCGACAUGGUGUAUUGCAUGGGAGGCCGGAGUACGGGUGAUCCGAGAGAGGAUAUAGG